AUAACUGGUUAUGGACUUAGUGAGAACGAUUGUGCUCCUUGCUGUCACCUCGUGGGUCUUGGUCUGUGGACAAGAUGUCCAAGGGUGUGGGCAUCGGCCAAUGGCCGGCCCACCGUUCCCCUCGCGGGUGGUGGGUGGGCAGGAAGCGUUGCCAGGGGCCUGGCCUUGGCAGGUGAGUCUGCAGCUGGAGCAUGGAGGAAUGUCUGCCCACACGUGUGGCGGCGUGGUCAUUGACCAUGGCUGGGUGCUCACUGCAGCCCACUGUGUCGUCCGCAAGGGAAGACACCAGCGCCGCUGGCUAGUGGUGACGGGCCUCCACAGCCGCUCGCACCCGGGGCCGCUCACACGGUGGAUGAGGCUACGGCGGCUUCACCUCCACCCGGGCUUCCGCGCCGACACCAUGGAGCACGACAUAGCUCUGCUGCAACUGCACCGCGCCCUGCCCUACGAUGCCGGCACCCAGCCCGUGUGUCUGCCACCCGCUGGCACCCAGCACGACGCUCAACCCUGUUUCAUCAGUGGCUGGGGCGCCCGGCAAGCCGACGGCCCCGGAUCGGAGAACCUACAAGAAGCAGAGCUGCAGCUGAUUCCCAAUUGGCUCUGUAACCAUCCCAACUGGUAUAACGGCAUCAUCACCUCACACAUGUUGUGUGCCGGCUAUGAGAACGGUUCUGUGGACGGGUGCCAGGGAGACAGCGGUGGGCCGCUGCAGUGCUACAGCUGGGGCGACCAGCGCUUCUACCUGAUGGGAAUCACCAGUUGUGGGACGUGGUGCGGAUUGCCCCGCAAGGUGGGGGAUUAUACCCGAGUCUCCGCCUACAUCGGGUGGAUCGAGGCGGACCGGGCGAUGUCCAGACCAGCCGGCAUCUCUGGCGGGAUACCCACUCUCACUCUCCUCUCCCUCACCCUGCUCUCCCUCACACACAAUAAACACAUUUACUGCCUUAGGAACCACCUCUUACAGAGGUUUCCUGAUGGCUAUAGUAGGUCAGCCCGGUCGAGCAGCGGGGAAACCGGCCUUGGGCUGUCGGAGGACCCAGUCCAGACCGCCAAUCCUGGGGGGGGUCCACUUAACAGCAAGCCUGAGAAUCGGACCAGGAGGAUUCACCUCCCAAUGUGGACGUCUGGUAAGAUGGAGCACAUGUCAGAAAGGAUGCUCCAUCAUGACAGGCUCCAGCAGGAGCUUAUAACCAAGAGGUCACCGCAUGGGCCGUGGCAGCAGCUUCAGAGAUCAUCGGAGGUAUUUUGA